AUGCCAGAUUACGGCAACAAUAAUGGCCCUGAAGCGUCUCUGGGACUCAAUGUUCCAGAUAAUCUGUGGGAGAUCGAUGAUCCGUUCCUCUGUCUGGCCACCCAUGAACGCAUGUUACUCCCACAUGCAGACACCUACCCACAGACCGAAUUGAGUGGAUCAGUUCAGCAGCAGAAUGCGCUCAUGGAGAACGUUGAUUUUGAGUCCGAGACAUGCCUGGACUCGUCCAAGGGCCGGUCGAUGACAGGGCUAUACCGUGGAUACGACUCUGGAAUGAGCCAGGCUGAUGUGUUGCCAUCCUCAUCUUCAAUCAAUCUGUACGACCCCGGGGAGCAUGGGACCAUCUCGCAUACGGAUAAAGAGUUAUCUAUCACCGUGGGGAAAUUAACGAGUACGAUAAAGGAAUUUGGUGACCUUUCACGAAUGCUGGAUAACAAGGUUGAUCGCCUCAACAGCCGCUUCGACGAUCUUGAGGAGCGCUGUGUUGGCAGUAUGGAGCGCUCUCUGGGAACUAUGGAGCGUCGUAUGGACAAAUUGACACAAAAUGUGGAAAAUUUGUCUCGGCAGACAGAAGGUUUGGAGACGAAAUUCCAAACUGUCAAUGAUUAUCUACUGGAGGUUAUAAGGCGGGAACAGAUGGUGAUGCAGGAGUUUGGUGACUUGGCGAGUCACUACCAUGAGCGAGAGCGAGCCAUAUAA